CUGUUCAUUUGAACUUAUUCCGGAACGAUUCGAAACAUCUCAACUCCGCAAAUUGUCGUUUUCAAAGCGAAAAACAUAAAAGAAAACCGAAACUAGGUGUCAAAUUAAGCAUAGAAUAUAUGCUCUGAGCGGAGCUAGUAAGUUAUAGGAAAGGCAGAGGCUUGCAAGGUGCCGGCUACGUAAGCAAACGGCUCCAAGCAGACGUAGCCUCAUUAUUGUUUGUGUUCUUACAUGUGUGUGCGUGAGUGUAUGUGCGACAGUUGGAACAAUAACAAGCCCAACAAAAUGCCAAUGAAUUGUAACGGAGCAGCGCUCAAUGCGGCCGCUGUCUUUGUGCUGCUGCUGCUGCAGCAGAAGCAGCGAUGAAUCAUAGCCCGCAAUAAUCAUAAUACUAAUAAUAACAACAACAACCACAACAAUAUCAACGGCCGUGCCUUAAUAUCGAACGUAGAGCAAUAAAAAAAUAUAAGCAGACGAAGAGUUAAAACGUUGGCAAAAUGCCGCUGUUGUCCAAAUGCUUUCCUUGUUUCAAAUUCAAACGUGAAGAGGUCAUUGACAAGCUGGACUACAGCAAUACACAGCUGCAGGAUGCCUUUCCCGAGGUCUGGCAGCACGAGCGGACACUGGAGGAACUGCAUCUGAGCAAUGCACGUUUGCAAACGUUGCCGCCACAGUUAUUCUAUUGCCAGGGAUUGCGCAUCCUGCAAGUAAACAGCAACAAUCUGGAAAGCAUACCACAAGCUAUUGGCUCACUGCGUCAGUUGCAACAUCUGGACUUGAACCGCAAUCUUAUUGUCAGUGUGCCGGAGGAGAUCAAGGCGUGCAAACAUCUGACCCACUUGGACCUUAGCUGCAACAGUCUGCAACGUCUGCCGGAUGCAAUUACCUCGCUGAUAUCGCUGCAGGAGCUGCUGUUAAAUGAAACCUACUUGGAGUUUUUGCCCGCCAAUUUCGGGCGUUUGGUUAAUUUACGCAUUUUGGAGGUGCGUCUAAACAAUCUCAUCACGUUGCCAAAGUCCAUGGUGCGUUUGGUUAGCCUGCAGCGGCUUGAUAUUGGUGGCAAUGAGUUCACAGAAUUGCCAGAGGUCAUUGGAGAACUAAAGUCACUGAGGGAGCUGUGGAUCGAUUUCAAUCAGAUUCGUCGCGUUUCACCCAACAUUGGCAAAUUGCGUGAGCUGCAACAUUUUGAGGCCAAUGGCAAUCUGCUGGAUGCGCUGCCCAACGAACUAAGCAACUGGCGCAAUGUGGAGGUGCUGUCUGUGUGCUCCAACAACCUGGAAGCAUUUCCGUUCAGCGUGGGCAUGCUCAAGUCCCUAGUCACCUUUAAGUGUGAGUCGAACGGGCUCAGUGAGCUGCCGGACAGCAUUAGCUACCUGGAACAGCUGGAGGAGCUAGUGCUGAGCCACAACAAACUGAUGCGUCUUCCCAGCACGAUUGGCUCGUUGGUAAAACUGCGCUUCCUCUUCGCCGACGACAAUCAGCUGCGUCAACUGCCCGACGAGAUAUGCAGCUGCAGCCAAUUGAGCGUCCUCAGUGUGGCCAACAAUCAGCUAUCGGCGUUGCCCCAAAACAUUGGUCAUCUGGCUAAGCUGAAAGUGUUGAAUGUGGUUAAUAACUACAUAAACGCGCUGCCCGUUUCUAUGUUGAGUCUGGUGAAUCUCACAUCGCUGUGGCUCAGCGACAAUCAAUCACAGCCACUGGUGCCGCUUCAGUACUUGGAUGCGAGCAGCAAGACGCAGCUGACAUGCUUCAUGCUGCCACAGGUCACAUUUAAGAUGCAGGCCCAGCAGCAGCAGCAACAGGUGCAGGAGCAAUACGAGUUUGUCUAUGCCAAUCAUCAGCAGCAUCCACAGCAACCGUCAAGUCCAUCGCGUCGCAUUUGCUUUGCCGAGGAGACGACCAUAUUGAGUGCAGGCAACAACAGCAGCAACAGCGCCGCCCCGCAACCCGCUCCCAGCUACACCGCCAGCUAUGUGGCAUCACCGCCAACUCCAGAGCAGCAACACCCCGCUGGUAGUUCGGUGCGUUUGAUGCGAUCCCCCACACCGUAUCCCAAGGAGUUGCGGCAAAUGGCCAAAUAUAUGCGACAGGCGCAGGCGGCGAAUGCGGCGGCUUCGGGGUCCAGUGAAGUGCGGGAAGCGCGUGUCGUGGUGCCCAAUGGUCAAGUGGCCAUGCAACACUGUGAUAGCAAUCAGGAUGCUGUGGAUCAUGCCACGGCAAGUGCAAUAUAUGGCGUUGCGACCGAUCCAACCCACAUUUAUGGCGUCUAUCAGCAGCCGCAACUACAGCAGCCAACGCAGGAAUAUUACGGAUUGCCGCUGGUCAAUUACGAUGCACACUAUCAGCAGCUGUAUGUGGAUGCCAAUGUAAUGACGUUACCCACAACGCAUUUAUCAAAUGGUGAACAGAAUUACGAGAUGCAGCCAUUGCAACCACAGGCGGUGGUGCCACCACCACGCAUGGAACCGCCGCCUUAUCAUAUAGCACGCGUAUAUACCAAGAAAACGCCAGAGGAUCUAACACUCUACGAGUCCAUGCGACAACGAAAGCAGCAACAACAACAGCAGCAUCAGCAGCAACAAGAACAACAACAGUCACCAACGCAGCCGAUUUACGAGCAGAGCAACAAUUACCAAGAUGCUCUUAACAGCAAUUUCAAGACAACGGCAAUCGGCGCCCAAUCCGAGCAAUUGGACUAUCAAAACAAUAUCAACAGUGAGCAGGUUGAGCUGCCACAACAACUGGAGGAUAUAAACGAACAGCAGCAGCAGGAAAUGCAGAUGGAAAUGGAAAUGGAAACGGAAAUGGAAAUGGAUGAUACGUUAUCACAGCACUCGUUAAACUCAACUGCAACUAACAAUACAUCUAAGGGUAGCAAUAAAAAAUCAACCUGGAUCUUUGGUGUUCAUAAGAAUCCCACUGUUAAGCAAGUGACCCUUAAAUGGGAGCAUAGCAUUGGCUUUGACAUUGCCGAGCUGCUUAAUCAGGUGGGCAUAUUUGUAAGUGCAAUUACGCCAAAUUCGAGUGCCGCGCGUCUGCUGAGCCUAAACGAUAAAUUACUGGAAAUCGAUGGCUAUGACCUGACCAACGCCAAUCUGAGCGAUGCCAAACGUGUGCUGCUUAACUGCGGCACAGUUAUAAAUAUAAUGUUGUCACGAAAGUGAUGCCAAAUCUAUAGCAAACCCACAAUCCACUCCGAACCGAGACCGAAGACUUUUGCGCAUUUUUUCUAAAGCAAUUUAAAAUACGCUAUUAUAAAUCAAAUCUACCAUUAGCAUUAGCAUCUGAACUUUCAAGCCAUAGACGUCCUUUGCACUGGCGCCUUCAAAUCUUUUAUAAUUUUUUCUUAUCGAGGAUGAUCUAUUAUUACUAACUUCCAGAUAGAAUCGAUUUAAACUGCCAUUGAAAAAUACGUAGUACAUUUCUAUGUAUUUAUUUUUUAUAAUUGAGAUCUGUUUUGGAUUUAUACACAUUCUUUAUUGUGCGAAACAAAGGUAUUUUAAGUAUGUGAACUCUAAAUUAAGUCAAAUGAAUUUCCUACCAAUAUAAGUAUGUUUCUACACGCCUUUAAAAAAUGUUGUUAAGCUUGUUACUUGAAGUUGACAACUUGAUGACUUUAUGAAAUUAUGUUUAUUAGGUAUAUAUUAAGCAAGAAUAAGGUUUCAGUUAUAGAUUGUUAAAAUGUGGACCAGUAUUCGAUUGGUAUUCAAAAUGAAGCAAUAUUAUUAUAUUUCGUUUAUGUAUUACAAACUCUUUAAAUCCUAAGAUCAUUAAAGAUAUUUAUUUGUAUUAAAUUUGAUAGUAUACUUAAAAUGUAUAACAUACAAUAAUGGAAUUAUCUCUAGCAUUCAAUCUAUUCUUAGAUUAAUUAUAUUGUCAAAUUUGAGCUCUUUUUUUAGUUCGCCAGUGUAAUUCAUAGCAAACAUACAAAAAUAUAUAAAUAUAAAUAAUAGUGCAAUUAGCGUUGAUUAUACGUACAUACAAUUACGAGUACCAUAUAGACAGCAUUUACAAACAUAAUCGCAUAUACAUAUACUGCAUUUACAGUACAUAUGUAUAUGUGUUCUUAUAGGAUAUAUAUAAAUAAUAUGAUAUUUACAACUAGCGCCUAUUUUACGCCCAGCGUUGUUCAAAUUUGUUCCAAAAUUUAUAGAUUAAAGUUUAACAAUGAUAUUAGCUGUUUAUGUUAGUUGUUAUGGUGCAGCAAUAUAAAUUCUACGAGUGUAUUAAAAAAAAUACAGCAUUUGUAUUCUAUACUUAUUAUAUCAAUCAAUCAAUCAUUUUGCUAUGACAAAUUGUUAAAUUCUCAUACCAUUGGCGUUGUGAACAGUAUUAUUAUUUAGCUGGUUAAUAUUUGAGAAUUGUGCUAAAGUUGAACAUUGCUAUUUCUAUAUUAAACAUUUACAUAUUAAUACACACACAAAAAUCUAGCUAAUAUUUAUAAGGCGCGCACAUAAUUCGAAAAUUCAAUUUUGUUAAUACGCGCUACAACAAAUCACCCAGAGACAAAAACAAAACAUGCAAAAAAAAAAAAAAACAAAUAAUGAAUAAACACACAACUUUUCACU